AUGGCCCAGGCCUUCGUGAUCCCCGCCUCCCUCUCCGCCGGCGUCGCCGCCCCCACCGCGAACCGCGCCUCCGCGCCCAGCGCGAGCCUUCGCGGAACCUCCGAAGCUGCUCCGGCCAGCUCCGCCGGCGCCACGCUGGCCACGGCUGCCUUGGCCGGGGCCGUCGCCGUGGGCGUGGCCGGCGCGCGCCGGGCGCAGCGCCGGGCCCCGAAGGCGCGCAGCGCCGUGGCCGUGCGUGCCGAGAACCCCCGGGCGGACAAGCUCAGGACCAUGGAGAAGACGGUUCAGGUGUCGCCCUCCAUUCUCUCUGCUGACUUCGCCAACUUGGGUCAGGAGGUCGGCGAUGUGCUGAAGGCCGGAGCGGACUGGGUGCACGUGGACGUGAUGGAUGGCCGCUUCGUCCCCAACAUCACCAUCGGCCCUGGCGUGGUCUCCGCACUCAGGAAGGCGCAUCCUGACUCAAUUCUGGACUGCCAUCUGAUGAUCGUGGAGCCGGAGCAGCGCGUGGAGGAUUUUGCAAAUGCCGGAGCAGACAUCAUCUCCGUGCAUUGCGAGGCUGCAUCCACCAUCCACCUCCACCGCACGCUGAAUCAGAUCAAGAGCUUCGGCUGCCUUGCCGGCGUGGUGCUGAAUCCGGGCACCCCGCUCUCCCAGAUCGAGUACGUCCUAGAGGAGGUGGACCUGGUCCUCAUCAUGUCGGUGAACCCCGGCUUCGGUGGGCAGAGCUUCAUCGAGUCGCAGCUGAAGAAGAUCAAGGACCUGAAGGCUAUGUGUGAAGCCAAGGGCGUGAAUCCCUGGAUCGAGAUCGAUGGCGGCGCCAGCGGCGCCAACGCCAAGGAGAUCAAGGAGGCAGGCUGCAAUGCCAUCGUGGCCGGCUCUGCCGUCUUCAACGCUCCCGACUAUGCCGAGGCCGUCAAGGCGAUCAAGGAGGCAUAA